CUUGGUUUAGUUUUACUUAUACCGUCGUCGGGAGGAUUGUGUCUUGCUCAAAGCAAUUUUUUUUUGUCGAGAAAAUAUCCGAAGAGGGUGUCACAUUUUUUUUCUUUACACAAGAAAUAUAAAUAAAAUAUAAACCAAACCAGCUAGUCGCGACUGGACCCAAACAAUUAACACUACUUCAUCCCACUAAAUGAGGCAAAUUUAUAAAAAAUUAUUUAUUAGCCAUUCAUUAUUUAAAAAAAAUGACUUUAUUUAGCUUAAAUACAACAUUUUUUUUAUUUGUCGCAUUGGGACAACUUGCGAGUGAGAAAUCAUCAUCAAUCCAUACAAAAAAUGAAUUUAUCUAAAUAAGAGUAGCAUUGCCAUUUUUUUGUUGUUGUUGUUUUCGUUUCUUUUCCACAAAAUCGAAACAACCCUAUAUAUCAGCUACAACAACACAUAUACCAAGGCAAGAGAGAAAAAAAGAAUGACAUGAAUGAAAAAAGAGUAUGUCUAUAUUGCAAGAAGUCUUCCAUUCAUUAGUUGUCCUGCUCAAGUUGCUUGCUGAAAGCUUUCGGUCGAUUCAGCUGAUUACUUUUAUUUUGAUACGACAAAAGAAAAGACAGGACAUGUAUGUUUUGAUAUAAGCUGUCACAAUUGUGUCUACACGAUGAGAGUAAAAUUGAACAUAAUUAUUAAUUGCUGGGAGCUGUUGUGUUAACAAUUAAACAAAAAAGAAAAGAAAAAAAAAACUAUGUGUGAACUUGAAAUUACAGCUUUUUAAUUAAUGGUGUGUUUUAUUUUGUUGUAUUUAUUUUUUGAAAUCUUGCCGAGUGGAGUGAGAGUAAUAGAUUUUUACUAUGUUCACCAGCAUCAGUAAUAUAUUUACAAAAAGUUGAAUACAUUCACAUACAUAAAAAGAGGAACUCUUUUUGAAAAUACCAAUUUGAAAAAAAAACUAUAAAAAAACUAAACGAAAAUUCAUACACAUCCCAAGUUAACUAAAAUUCUAUCAAAAUAGGUAAAAAACAAGCAACCCGAAAAAAUUUCAAAACGCGGCUACCACGAGGCAAAAUGGCAAGCUUCAUGAUGUCGUCGGGGGAUGGUGGUGGCGGAGGAGGAAACAAUAACAGCAAUAGCUGCCAUACAAACUCCAGUUCUACGGCUGCAGCUGCAAGUGCUUCUUGUGCUUCGGCAGCAGCAGCGGGAGUAACUGGAGCAGGAGUUAAUGAGGAAAACACGAAUCAAUUGUCCUCCCAAGCAAAUUGCGAUGGAAUGUUCCCGAAUGCUUUAUCAACAAUUCAAGGCCAAAAAUGGAACGAACAUGGUGAUUUUGAGCUUUUGCUUUUAAAUGUUAAUCGAAAUCAUGAGAAUCUGAUCACUCCAGUUACUUUAAAUACAACAACUGGCGGUUCUAAUUCUUCAACGGUUGCAGCGUCAACAGCUUCUUGUUCUUCAGCAGCAGCAGGAGCAGCAGUAACCGGAGCAGGAGUUAAUGAGGAAAACACAAGUCAAUUGUCGGCAUCGAAUUGCGAUGGAACGUUCCCGAACCCUUUUUCCACAAUGCAAGGGCAAAAAUGGAGCGAACAUAGUGAUUUUGAGCGUUUGCUUUUAAAUGUUAAUCAACAUCAUGAAAAUCUAAUCCCUCCAGUUACUUUAAGCACAGCUGGUGGUUCUCAUUCGACUUCGGCGACAAAACCGUCUCAAAAUUCCAACUUCAAUACGAGCUAUAAGGGUGAAGUUUUAAAACUACCCGGCACCGAUAUGCAUCAUUAUGGCAUAGCUCCAAAAACAGAGGCUCUAGUCGUAUCGAUAUGCAAUAUAUGCAAUGCAAUCCUCAAAGCCCCGGGACUCGAGCGACACAUGAAAGCUCAACAUCAUUCAAGCAUACGUAAUGCUUUGGCUGCAGCAGCAUCAGGAGUUAAUUCCUUGUCAACCUUACAAGAUUCCUCGUCGGCAACUGAACGUGAUGCAACAAAAUCUUCAUUAGGAGGUAGUACAUCUUCUUCGGGGGCCAGUCAGACUAAUACUUCAGUAGGAUCUUAUCAAUCUACUUCGUCUACUCGAAUACCUGCAGCAGGUGCUGCGCGAACAGUUGCGUCAUCAUCUGGUCGUGCGGCGGCAGCAGCAGCAGCGCCAGCUUCUCCAAAACCAUCAGCAACAUCAAACCGAUCACCUGCUGCAGUUUCUCGAUCACCAGCAGCUAAUCGAUCUCCGGCAUUGCCCACUACUGCACCGUCGCCUAUUCCCGCUGCAGCACCAACACUCCGUGCAAAAGGGCGAGGGGUUGGUCGUUCACGUUCGAAAAGUGGGAAAGGCGUCAAAAGAAAAACAUCCGCCCUUUCAACUGUAUCAGCUGCGCCAACGACAGCGUCGACAACAAUAGUAGAAGCAGUAACAACUACGGCAACAACAACAACAACCACAACAGCAGCUAUUACACCACAAAGCGAAAUUUCUGCAAAUACAGCAAAUUCAAACAACAAUAGCCCCAAUUUAGUAAACAGUCAAGGCUCAAGUUCCUCAGCGUCGAUGAUUUCUUCGACGUUUCCAUCGCCAUUAUCUGUGUGUUCCUUAUCGGCUUCGCCCCCUGCCGGGUCGUCAAUAACGCUAAGUCCAUCUGGUAGUUCUAGUGCUACCAUCAUAUUAGAUGUAACUUCAACGGGUGUCCAAACUUCACCAACUGCCACCUCAAUUCCUAGUAAUUGCCCAACACCAAUCACAUUGUCUUCACAUUUAUCGCUAUCUUCAUCGUCAUCAUCGCCUUCGUCAUUCCAGUCGGCGUCGUCGUCGUCAUCUUCUUCCUCAUCUUCGUCGUCGUGUUCCUCGGCAGCGUCGCCUUCCUCUCACUCAUCUACCUCAAUGAGCUUACUCUCUACAACUGUCGUCGUAGCAUCAUCUCCAUCGCCAACCGUUGUUUCGUCUCCAGUAGCAUUCAGCAAUCCAUCAACAAUGGAAUCAACAAAUACUUGUAAUGCAAUUAUUAUUCCUCCUAAUGCUAUAAAGAACCAAAUCGCAGCCGGAACCGGAGGAAACAAAGGUACAAUACAAUCCAUAAGUACUGCAACACCAACAAAUAGCUUUAAAUCAACUAUCAAUGCAGCUAAUCAAAGGGUUCUUCCCGACUUUGAUUCUUCAAAUUCAGCUUGUAGUAUUGAUUCGGAUAGGCGUACCAACAACUCAUCAAACAAUAGUCAACCUUCAAUAAAAAGCUAUAACAACAAUGUGCAAGCCGCCCAAAUUGAACCCAAUCUUUUAAAAUCAACAUUAUCUUUAUUGGUUGCAUCGGCGGCGUCGUCUUCUAGUGCAAAUAAUGAUGGAACUAUGGGUGGUUCUGCUGGGACAACAUGUUUGAUAGGCAACAAUAGCGGUAUGGUUAUUUCUCCUGUAACGUCAACACCAAGUCCAAAUAUUGCUGCUGCUACCGCCAAUUUGUUGCCAAAUAUAAGUCUUAUUCAUUUGGGUUCGAUACCACAACAGCCAUCACAGCAGCAAAAGCAGCAGCAACUGCAGCAGCUACAGCAGCAGAAGCAACAGGAACAGCUGCAGCAAAAACAGCAGCUACAGCAACAACAAUUACAGCAACAACGGGAAGAAGAAGACAAGCAACAACAACAAAGGCAACAACAACAGCACGAACAGCAGCAACAACAGAUGCAACAAAAACAACCACAACAACAACAGCCACAAAAACCAUCACAACAACAUAAACCAUUACAACAAACGCAGCAACAACCAAAACAACAACAAACGCAACCUUCAUUGCAAAUGCAACAACUGCCAUCGAAACAAACUCUUCAAUUACAACAUCAACGCCAACAAAAAAAUCAAGAAAGUCUUAAAAAGACAGAAGAUCAAGAAAAACACCAAAGCCAACAACAGACUGUUCUCCAAGAUGUUUCACAGCAGCAGCACCAGCAACAACAAGGUCAAAGACAAAUUUCUGGCAUCAUUGAUUCCAAUACGUCUUCCUCUUCAGUGCCACCUAUUCUGAUGACUGGUAUAGGCAGUAAUCAGCCAAUUAACGCUCAGCAACAACAACGUCCAAUGCACUUACCAAAUACGAACUUAAUUGACAUGAACACACGAACAUUCCAAAAUCAACAACAAUCAGCAUCAGCAACUGAUAUGCAAUUCGAUCGAAACGUUGCCUAUCAGCAACAACAACAACAGCAACAACAAAUAAAUGCUGCAACUGGAAACACUGCUGUCGACCCCAAUUCUAUUCUCACAUUAGUCGAUGGCUAUUUUGAUCAAUUUUCCCAGUUAGACUUUUUGAAUGAUACAAAAUUUCUUAAUGAGAUUCUAAAUACAACAGAUACAGAAAUUAGUGACAAUAAUAAUGGUAAUAAUGGACCUUCGGCCAAGAAACAACGUUUGGAAGAAGAUUUUAAUAACUUGGCAGCAACAUUUGAAGUAGAUUCUGUGUGCCAUCAACAAAACAUGUCAAUGCAGCAGCAUAUGCAAGGUGUUGCUGUUGCUGUUGGCGAUUCAACUUCAUCGUCAUCAUCUUCAUCGUCUUCCUCAUCAAAUUCCAGUUCAUCAUCAUCUUCUUCGUCUUCUUCUUCUCAAAUAAUACCAACAUUACAAGUGCCGCCCUCAGCACAGCAAUCAUUGGAAAGCUUGCAGGGCAGUUCUAUGUUAAGUGAUAUUAGUUCCUUAUUGGGUACAGCAACAGGCAAUGCUGAAAACUCAAGCUCCCAGCCCAUGAAUAUGAUGCCAACAGAAUUAUUUACUAAUAAUCUUCCUGUUGUUAAUUGUGAAUCUUCACAAGCUAUGGUCGGUUCAAAUAUUAUGGCUCCAUCAUCCCAGGUGGAUGUGAGUGUAAGCGUUAGUGAUUUAGGUGAUUUUUCAAAUUUGAAUGCAACUCAAUUUCAACAAAUUAUUUAUCAACAUCAACAACAACAACAACAGCAACAAACACAACAACAACAGCAACCGCAACAACAACAACAUAAUUUGGACGAUUUAUUGGGAAAUGGAUAUCAAAUCUACAAUCUGCCACCUAUAGCUGGACAAAAUGAACAAUAUAGUCAGCAAAAUGUUAUUGUCUUACCUGGUGCAAACACCAACAACACCAACAAUACUAACCCUACCACAGCCACCAACGGUAAUGUAAUGGAGACCACAGGAAUAAAUCAACAUCAUCAACAAAUUAUUUAUGAAAUAUCCAACAAUAGCAAUGAAAAUUCCACAAAUGGACUCUUCGAUUUAUUUCAAGCAGCCAGUGGCCCCAACGGCUUACAACAACAAGAUAUAUUUGCUGUCCAAUAUCCUAGAACGUUACUUAAUGAUGACAAUGGUGUCAAUAUCAGUUUUAGCGAUAUAGAAAUGCUAAGUGGAACAAAUAAUUGUGACAUGAGAGUACUUGAUAAUCUGGCUUCAUCUAUUUCACCAUUAGACUUGGCGGCGGCUGCAGCAAAUUCAGAGGUUCAAUCAUCGCUUAAGAAACACUUUUCCAACAACACAUCAGUAAGUGGAGGAACACUCACAUCCGAAACACUGAACAAUGAACACGACAACAAUAACCACUACCAAAUCAAAGAUACUUCCAAUGAAAUGCAACCAAAUACAAAUCAUGAACUGGUAACAAUAAUUAAGGGUGAUAUUAUGUUCUUCGAAACAACAGAUAAGUGUAAACAAUCUUUGGAAUUUGAUCUAGAAGACAUGGAAGAUGACUCACAAGGAGAAUGUAUAGAAAAAUCCACAACCACCGAGCCAUCAGAAAAAGAAAACGAUGAUACAGUUAUUGUUCAUAGACCUGUUUCAUCAAUGCCACCAUCGACGGAAGCAUUUCCAACAUACCAUAAUAAUACUAACUUAAGUUCAACUGUUCCCAGACCUAUUACUAUGAAUUCAUUUGGAAUGUUGAAAACAUCUUAUGAUUCUACAGAAUUUCGAAAAGAUAUUCUCUGCACACGAAAAACAAAUAAUUCCAUUGCGUCAACAAAUGCCGAUGGACGUGUUAGUAUUCCUUCUGGGGGGAGUCCUUUAGCAUCGAUAAAUCCACUGAAUCGUCAUAGUAUUGUUACACCUGAUAAUGGUGAUGCUGCCGCUACGAUUUUUGGCGGAUCAUCGCUCGCACCACUUGGUUAUAAAUUUGAAAUGGGAAAAAAUCAAUCUAAUUCAACUAUGAAUUAUAAUAUUAAAACAAGUAGUAACUUUAAUAGUAGUCGUGCAACAAUUCGUGCAAUAAAUACCUCUUCUGCUCCUGGUCCAAUUAUAGGUGGUUUUACAAAGCCACAGCCCAGACGUAUAGUUUCUUUAAAUACUUUAAGUAAUUCAACAACUACUGCGCCAAAAUGUCGUCAGAUUGCAAUUGGAAGUACAGCAGGUGGUGUCACUAUUACACCAACCACUGCAGUAUCUCCAGCAGUCAAUAUAACUGGAAUCAAUAAUGUAGGAGGAGGGCCUGGAAUAGUACGAAACACUUCAAAUAAUACUACGCCUACUGCUAAUCUUUACUACAAGUCCAUUGUUGGAGGUGUUGGAGUUAUUGCCACAAAUAAUAAUAUCAUAAAUGUAUCAAAUAAUAAUAAUAGUAAUUCAACAAAUAAUAAUAAUAAUAAUUUUAAUACUGAUAAUAAUGAUGCUACUAGUAUUAGCAGCAACAAUUCGAAUAACGAUACUAACGAUAAUGAUAAUAAUGAUAGUAACAAUAAUGACAACAUUAAUGAAAGUAAUAAUUAUAACAAUGAUAAUUAUAAUAAUAAUUCCACUAAUAAUAAUAAUAAUAAUAAUAAUAAUAAUAACACAAACAAUAACAAUAAUAAUCCAAACGAUCGAAUAAAAUUACAUAAACGAUCAUUGAUAAUGGGAAAUGGCAGCUCAUUAGCACCCGGCGCUGCAUUAACACCACGGACUAUUAAUCUUAGCAGUGAAAUAAUAGCUGAGCUAUUGGAUUCAGCUAGAAGUCGCAUAGAUAUUGGACGCAGCAGUUUAACUAUAACAACAUCGACAUCGAGUUCGGGAGCAUCGACAACAUCUUCAUCAUCAUCAUCACCAACAUCAGUUUUAAAUGGUGGUAACAGCUGUGGCGGUUAUCAGAAUUUAGACAAUUUCUCUUGGGACUUCAUCUAAUUUGCAAAUUUAAAUAAAAACCAAAUUAUUUGCAAGAGUUAUGUGAUUAUUUUUUUUUUUUUAGAUUUGACGAAAUUGAUACAUUAUUACAAUUAAAUAACACGUAAAAUAUUUUUUUCUAAUUUUAGAAAUACAAAAUGUAUAACAAUUUAUUUUGUUUUAAUUUUAAAAGCUUACAAAACUUUAAAACGUCCAUUACUUAAACAUCAGGCAAUCAUCGACGUAUCAAUAUUUCUCCUUUUUUAUCGCGGUAAAAUAUAUAGGCACGUUAAGGUUAAUUAUCAACACAGACACGUUUACACUAGGGCGUUCGUUAUUUAGGUUUUUUUUUCGAGGAUCAAGUUAAUAAGUGGAAAAACUGUUUCAAAUAAUAAAAUAAAAUCCCCUAAUUUUUUCAGAUUUUUAUUUUGACGCUGUAUGGCGCCCCAAGAGGGUUAAAGUUUGUUGUUAUGUGAAAUAGGCAUAUGUUGACUUAUAAGGCCAUUUUUUUUAAAACAAAAGUUUUUGGUGAGGUUCUUGUCUACAUUAAACAUCGUUUUCAUAAAAGUUAUAAACCAUUUUUCUAGGACUAGGGGUUUAGUCAAUCUUGGGGUGCCAUUUUUUUUUUAUUAUUUAGAAACAGUUUUUCCACUUAGGAACUUGAUUCAUAAAUAACGAACGCCCUAGUAUACACGUAUUAUUUUUUGGUACAAAAAAAAAAAUUUAAACUCUCAAAACUUUCACACCGUUUUCAAUUGGUUUACUAUAUUUUUGAGUCCGUCUUUUCUUAUUUAAACAUAAAUUUAAGCAAAAACUUCUUUUUUUUUUAUUUUCCAUCAUUUUUCCCCCCAAUUUGCAACACAAAGUAUUAAUAGGUUUCACGAUAAUUUUUAAGUUCUAAGUUUUUUUUAUUUAAAGUAUGCUAAAUUUUGUCUCGCGUCCAAUAAAACAAAAAAAUGCAAACGAAUAAAUACUCAGUGGAAAUUUCAUGCAGAGUUUCUCAAACUGCUAAAAAAAAAAAAAUAAAAAACAGAAAGCUAAAUUACUGUAAUUAUUGUUCUACAAACAAUGUACUAAAGAAUUAAUUCUAUAAAAAAGUUAAAUUAUAUUUUAGUAAAAAGCACUUAGAAUUAAAAAAAAAAA